AUGGACGCUGAAAUCAAGCAUAGGAACUCGGACAAGACGUUCAAGUUUGUCACUCCCCCAGCAGACUCGUCUAUUGAAGUGUUGAAUGAUUUUUACUGGACAGAUACUGAUGAGCCACAUGUGGCCAGGAGAAAGAUGAUUCUUCAAAAGUAUCCUGAGGUUACGAAAUUGACGGGCCACGAGCCCAAGACCAAGUGGUAUGUUAUGGGGGUGGUGUUGUUACAGCUUGGGAUUGCCUACUACCUUAGACACACGCCGGUUUUUUCAUGGAAGUUUUUGACGUUGGCGUAUGUUAUUGGAGCCACAGCCAACCAGGCGAUUUUCCUUGCCAUUCACGAGUUGUCCCACAACUUGUUGUUUAGAAAGCCGUUGCACAAUAAAUUGUUUGCUGUGUUUGCCAAUAUUCCUAUUGGGGUGCCAUACUCGGCCUCGUUCCAGCCAUACCACCAGUUGCACCACAAGUUUCUUGGUGACAUGUACUUGGAUACUGAUUUGCCUACUGAAUAUGAAGGGAGGUUUUUGUCGAGCAUGCCUGGCAAGUUGUUUUUUGCGAUAUUCCAGAUUUUCUUUUAUGCGUUGAGACCGAUGUUUAUUACUCAGAUCAAGUUUACGUAUGUGCAUUUAGUGAAUGUUGUGUUCCAGCUUAUUUUUGAUCAUGUUAUGGUGACAUGCUGGGGGUGGAAGGCGUUGGGGUACUUUAUUGUGAGCACGUUUUUGGCGGGGUCGUUGCACCCAUGUGCUGGCCACUUUAUUGCUGAGCAUUAUGUGUUGAAUGAGAAUAAUGUGCCACGCCACCAAAAGAUUGGCGGGACAAACAUUUCGAAAGAGUUGUUGCCGGCCGAGACCUACUCGUACUAUGGGACGUUGAACAUGCUUACAUGGAAUGUUGGGUACCACAAUGAGCACCAUGAUUUUCCAUACAUUGCGUGGACGAGGUUGCCAGAGUUGAGGCGAAUUGCUGCAGAGUUUUACGAUCCGUUGCCACAGGUUACGUCGUGGUGUGGAGUUAUCUGGUGGUUUAUAUUCAAUGAUGUGAAUACGGUAUGGAAUAGAGUUAAGCGUGAAGGUAAAGAGAAACACGGAUAUAGAAUUAAUAGGUUAGACGAGAACUAA